UCCACGCGCACAGACGCGUGCCUGCCUGUCAGUGCGUCUCAGUCGCUUUCAGCAGCUUGCCCCGUAAUCAGCUAGUUACACAUUCCAGGAGAGAGGAAGAGUAUGUCUAUGUGUGUCUGAGGGAGAGUGAGUAGAGAUGUCCUGGUGGAUUAUUGGAUGGAUCUGGUUGUCCAUUACGCAGACGGAGUUUAAUUUUCGGACCUUGUUAACCAUGGAUUGGACAAACUGAUGUUAAAACUGACAAAUCAGAGAGGUGAACGGGAAGGAAACUAUGGACGCCGAGAGUCUUAUUCAACACGUUGAACGAGACAUGGAGGCCACUUCACUGCCGUUUGCAGUGACCACCGACUGGCUGGAGGACGGAAAUGAGACGAUUGGGAAUCAGUUCCAGCAGCCCGACUGGCAGGUGGCUCUCUGGGCCAUAGCCUACUCCCUCAUCAUCCUGGUGUCCAUCACUGGUAAUGUCACAGUGAUCUGGAUUAUUCUCGCUCACAGACGCAUGAGGACAGUCACCAACUACUUCAUUGUAAACCUGGCCUUCUCUGACGUUUCCAUGGCAACCUUCAACACCCUUUUCAACUUUGUCUAUGCCCUUCACAAUGACUGGUACUUUGGCCUGGGCUACUGCCGGUUUCAGAACUUCUUCCCCAUCACGGCCAUGUUUUCAUCAAUAUACUCCAUGGCUGCCAUCGCAGUCGACAGGUACAUGGCCAUCAUCCACCCUCUGAAGCCCCGUCUCUCCUCCACCUCCACUAAGGUUGUGAUCGCCCUGAUUUGGAUUGUAGCAAUCUUACUGGCAUUCCCUCAGUGCUACUACAGCGUGACAAUAUUUUACUACCCCAGAACUGUGUGCAUGGUCGACUGGCCGGACGAUUAUGGGGGAACACAUCAGCUAAGUUACCAGUAUGCAGUGAUAUUGCUCAUUUACUUGCUCCCUCUGCUGGUGAUGCUGGUGACCUACAGUUUAAUUGGCCGAUCGUUGUGGGGUGGGCGCAUCCCUGGAGAGGCGACAGAACAUUACCACAGCCAGAUCACAGCCAAGCGAAAGGUGGUGAAGAUGAUGGUUGUAGUGGUGGUGACCUUCGCCCUGUGCUGGUUGCCCUACCACAUCUACUUCAUACUAGGAUCGUUUAACAGAGACAUUUAUAAAAAACAGUACAUUCAACAGGUGUAUCUGGCCAUAUUCUGGUUGGCGAUGAGUUCGACCAUGUACAAUCCUAUCAUCUACUGCUGUCUAAACCAAAGAUUUCGUGCUGGUUUCCGUCAUGCUUUCUCCUGGUGUCCCUUCAUCAAAGUGUCAGAGGAGGACAGGAUGGAACUGCAGCACACGCACACCUUCAGAGUCACCAUGACGCGCAGCCACCGCAAUGACAGCACACACACCUCCAUUAAAACAAACAACACCUUUGACAUUAACAUGGCUGCCAGCGCUGAGCUCAACACAGAGAGAGAUGCUUGCAUGCAGCCUAAAAAGCAGACGCCGUCGAAAGCACACAGCACAAACAACACACGUGUGGUGAUGAGGCCAGAUGAUAUGAAAUCACCAGCUGCCAGACUUUUGCAGCACAAAAGUGACUACUGAGACAAAUCAUGCAGAGGACAUUUUCCAUGGAAAGGCAACAGGGUUUUUUUUUUUUAACAGCAACAACGCUGAAAAUAAACAGACUGCGGCCAGUAAAGACAGAGGAGAGCCUGUCGAGUGCCAAACAGAGCUGAGUAUACACCAAUGUGUGUGAGGAGUUGUUCAGUGAACCUGACUUGGGACCAAUUACAUUUUUUUAAAGAGCAUAAACGAAUGCAACUGCCAAGCUGAUGGAUGAAAAGUGGUCGUAUAAGCCUGUGAAAAUACAGUUAUAUAUGAAGACACUACACCUGGAUGCUGGACAACAAGAGAGCUUUAUUCUUUGAUUGUUAAGGCCGGCUGUAGAGCUCCAAUAAUAAGUCGAUUAAGCGAUUAUUUGAUCAAAAAAAAAAGUUAUUCAGCAACUUUUGUAAUAAUUUAUUAAUUGUGUCAUUUUUCAAGCAAAAAUGCCAAACAUUUGCUGAUUCCAGCUUCUUAAAUGUGAGAAUUUGCUGCUUUUCUUUGUAAUUUAUGACAGAAAAUGAAGAGUCCGUGGGUUGCUUGGACAUUUAAAGAUGUCACUUUGGGCUCUGGGAAAUAGUAAUGAGCAUUUUUCACAAUAUUUUUUGGCAUUUUAUAAACUUCACUUUCCUCCUCCAUUCCUUUCGUCUGUCGCUUCUUUCUGCUGUGAACUGUGGAUAUAUUUUUGUGUAACCGUAGAGUGUUUGUGUGGUCGCUGCUUUUCUCCAGCAGAGAAUGGAUGAACAGUCCGCUGGCAUGAGCACCAAGCCUUAAUAAUGUUGUUUUUGUGUGUUUCCUUCUUUUUAUUGCCACAGACUUCUUUAAAAGAAAUUGGCUUUUUCUCACAGGGACAUUUUCUGUUUCACUUCACCCAUCAUAACACACAACGUGAUAAUUGAAGUCAUUUAUUGGUCACUCAGUUUAAUUGAAAAAAAAAGAAA